AUGGACAAGAAAAUUGAAUGUGCUUCUAGUAAGCUUCAUUUAGAUGUUCACAAUGAUGAUCGACAGAUAAUUAGUUUAGACAACAACACAUAUUGUUUAAGCGGACAUGUUGAAAUAAUUAGUUUUGAGGAAAAGAGCAAUUGCAGCAUGGAAGGAACUGAUCAGGAAUAUGACAACAUAGAAGAGCAAGAGAACAUUAAUCAUAUUUUGGAGAUCAAGAAGCUACUUGUCAACAACGAAAAUGUGACGGAGACAGAAUUAGUAGUUGGGCUGCAGAUGCUGACAUAUAUUGUAUGCUCUUUGAAGGAUUUAAUGGUUACAGAUAUAGGAACGACGGUAUGUGAUCUUCAACUGCACUGGUCGAAGAGGGUUAUUCGAGAAGCAAAAAGGGUUGCUGAUAAGUUUAAGGUGAUCAUAGAGAAUGAAAUUGAUGAAAAAGCUGGCCUGUCAGGUGAAGAUGCAUCUAUCAAGACCAUCCAGAAACAAAAGCAAGAACUCAUUGACAAAUUGAUUAGUCCGAAAAACAAUACACCUUCACACAAAAACUUUGAAAUUGAAGUGAUUUAUGAGGCACAAACAUAUCCUCCAAUAACUGAAAACAAGAGAAAACUGGAGUUGCAACUUGGAGACGACUCAAAAACCAUCCCAACUAACAAGCGCCAAAAAAGGGCAUGGAAAAAAUCCAGUGAGAAAUGCAAUAACCAAAUGAAAUAUACAUCAUCAGACACGGAAUGUUCCCUACAAAGGUUUAGAAAACAAAAGGAGCAGACAGAUGCUGAAAAUGAUCAAAAGAGUACUAUGAAGAAGGACAAGGACAAAGUUCAUCAAAGAUCAAAUGCUGCUCCACACUCACGAUGGUCAUCAAAUUAUGUUGCAAUAAUGGAUGAGAAGCUUGAAACCUCAAAGAUAAAACUUCAACAAGGAUACCAAGCACAUGAAAGAGCUAGAAGGAGCACAAGGUACCUUCCGGAGCAAUAUGAUAUUCCCAAAGAUGAUUGUAACCGCAGUAGCUCACGCUGGAGGUACAACAACCAACGUUGGAGACAGUGA